UUCUCAAUCUGCUUUAGUAGGCUAGCUAAAUGGUUAAAGGCAGUCUCUCUCUCUCUAUCGGAACCUACCUGCUGGCUCGGCGGUUUAUAUAACCCGCUCUCUGGGCACGUUUCGGUCUGUUUCACAGGCUGAACCAGACAUUUAGACGAAGGAGGGAAAUAUGGAAUAGACCCCUGUUUCGAAAAAAGGUUAUGCAUGACCAGAAAUUCUGAUUUCACUUCACUGGAACGAAGAGCUGACCUUUCAGGACGAAGGAUUUCAGAGAUAAAAAAGCAGGAGUGUUAUUUUGCCUAACAGGUUUCCCACUUCUUGGAUAUAUCUUCAAUACCAUGGGUGUGAUUUUAGAUCUUCUGCAUUUAUGUAGGCAUCAUUAGACAUCCUUCAGCUUCCUCUCACAGCCGUCCAUCCACGGAAAGGAAUAUGGCAAAAAAUGUGACUGACGUCCCGAGGGAGGAUUUAAGCAAAAUCUCAGAUGAGGAACUCCUCCGACUCAGCAAAGAUGAGCUGGUUCGAAAGCUCCGCAGAGUUGACAGCGAAAAGAUCAGCCUAAUGGUGGAGCACGGGAACAUGAUGAGAGACGUGAACCGGAGACUACAGGUUCACCUUCACGAGAUCCGAAAUCUGAAAGAAGUCAACCAGAAGCUGCAGGACGACAACCAGGAGCUCAGGGAGCUGUGCUGCUUUCUGGACGACGACCGGCAAAAGGGCAAAAAGCUGUCGCGGGAGUGGCAGCGCUUCGGCAGGUACACGGCCGGUGUCGUCUGGAAGGAGGUCGGAUUCUAUCAGCAAAAAUUGAAGGAGCUGGAGAUCAAUCAGGAGACCAUCAUGCGCGAGAACGUGGAGUUAAAGGAGAUCAUCGUCAUGCUGGAGGAGGAGAGGAACGGUGCCGGGUCGAGGAGCUCUAUAGACAGCCAGUCCAGCUUGACCAACCUGAACGGAGGCACGAAUAACGUGAGGGACGUGGGGGACGGAAGCAGUACAUCCAGUACGGGAAGCGCAGGAAGCCCGGACCACCAUCACGGUCAUGGGCACAAACCUGUCGAAGGAAAGAUGGCAGCCAUAAGAAGAUCUAUGGAUGAUCUAUCGACCAACCACCUCCACAGGAGCAUACCCAACGGACUGAACGCAGAUUCCUCAAAUUACGUCCGUCAGCUGGAGACGAAAGUCCGGAUUUUGGAGGAUGAAAACAAGCAGAUUUUCUCCCAGGGAAGCGUUGGCGAUCUGAAGACGUUGAAGAAAGGCUUGUCGCUGUAUCACUCCGAGUCGCAGCUCUCUGCACUUUCCAAGCAGCAAGACGCCUUACAGAAUGGCACCGCUCGACUCCCCGGUGGAGAUCUGCCCUCGCCCAUCACUCCCUACAUAACAUCUGCUCAGAAACCAGAGGCUCUGGUUCAUGCCAUGAAGGUAUUGGAGGUCCAUGAGAACCUGGACAGAAAGAUUCCUGAGGACUACGAGGAGGAUCUCAGUGAGAAAGAGAAAGCGAUCGUGAGGGAAAUGUGUAACGUGGUGUGGCGGAAACUCGGCGAUGCAGCGGGUUCCAAGCCGUCCAUCCGGCAGCAUCUCUCUGGAAACCAGUUUAAAGCCCCGAUGUAGCCCUGGCCUCGGUCACCACACACCCACAAGCCAGUCCGUCCAGAACCAGCGGCACUUCAGUGCACUUCAGAAAGCAAUCAGCGUACAAACCUGCACUCCUAAAGCUCCACGCCGGCAGCCAUGUUUUAGCGUAAAUUAGGGUCAUGCAGAACUUUUUUUCUACUCACCCAUCAAGGAUUUAAGGCAGCUAGUGGCAUCCGUUCCCAUUCUAAUGAACACCGAGAUUAAACUUUUACACUCCGCCGGCAACGGAGCUGCUCCACUCAGUCAUAAGUCAUACGAUCUACUUCAGGAGAACAAACAGUCACACCAAGGACGAAAGGAAACGAGACGUAGCAGUCCACCCUCUGUUCCACCUUACUCUAGAGAGGUUUACAUGAGCACACGGCAGGACCGCUGCACCCCUUCUCGUCCGCUUCCAUUUUUAUGUUAGAAAGAAACCAGUCCGUGUUUUAUACCCUGCGCAUGAAAAACCGCUGUCUUUGGCUGGUGAGGACAAAUGAUUCUCUCAGAUUAGUUCCCGUCUCACCGCAUACAGCGACAUCUAUAUCGACUUUUAUUUUAGACCGAUCUGACAAUCGUUUGUAAAUGAUAAACUGUUAAAAUCCUGAAGCUAUAAGUACUUAUGCAGUUAGUCCCUUUAACACCGGGUAAUUCCGCUGGCUUGAGUAAAAGCACUUCUGUACUAACGAACGCUUUAGAUCCAGCACAGACGUCUGAACCCGGGGUUUGUCUCGAAUGCUGAAUUGUGUCCGAGCAAAACAGGACGAGGUUUUAAUGCCGUCUGAAAACACGUAGCCGUUUACGCCAUAUGUUCACACCCGCGAGCGAAAAAGAAUCUAUUGAACGACACUUGAAUUGGGAUUUUAUUCAGUUCUAUGCAAUUUAGAUGUGGACACGAUACCAUUGGCUCAAAGGGUUCCUCCGAUUGAGAGAUGUUACGGAGAAAAGCUCGGAAGGACGCUAGCUUUAGAAGCUCCUAUUGUUUCUCAUUGGAAAUAAAGCAAACAAACAGGCCACACCCACAAGAGACGAGCUACGUAAAAGCGCUAACGCCCGUGUGAACGUAAGCUUAGCGCUCUCUAGGAAAACAUUCCGUCAUUCACGUACACGAGAUUCAGCAGUCACGUGUGAAGAAUUGCGCAGAAGAGGAAACAUCUGCUGUUUAAAGGUGCGGUUUGUAAUCUGUGAGAGUUUCCGUUCUGGUAUAUUUCAGCGAUGGGUUACGAGGACCGUGUGUGAAAUAGGAAAACGACGAUUCGCGUCUCUUUUCUUUAGUUCCUGGUAUUAACGUACUCUUUUCUGACCCUGAAAUAGGCUCCGCCCCCAAGCGGAAAGGAGCUACGCAGGCCAGAUUGUUCUCUUAAAAGCAAACUAUUUGCAGCUUCACUCUGAGAUUAUGUUUAUUUUCGGUCACAGCGCUCUGAAAAUAACAAACCGCACCUUUAACGUCUCUCUGAUGCGUGUGGAAGACGCGGUACUGCCAAUAAAGACAUUUGCUGCAUUAGUACAGAGAUAACCACAGCUGUAAAGUUCUUUUGCUCUAGAUUUUUUUUUCUCUCAAAAGAUAACGAUCAACCCUGUGAGGGUUUAAUUUCCGGCAGCUCAGGAAAUUUUGCUCAGAACGAGUGCAGGGGCAGCGAGGAGAGCAUCUGGUGGUCAGCGAUAACUCCAUCAGAGCGUCAGAUCUUCCGAAAGAUGCGUGUCUUUCUGUACACAGAUACGGAGAAAUGGCUAUAAAUAUGAACAAAACACUGAUAUACGAUAUUAUAAAGCUCGAAUCUGAGAGGGAAAGUCCUUCAGUACGCAGAUGAGACAGAGUCGGGGAGGAAACACUCCGGGACGCUCGCUGUUUAGAGGAAAGUAAUCAACUUCCAGGUCAUGUGACGCUGAUUAUUUUCCUCUAACUACACAUCCUGAAGGUUUUUUUAUUCCUCUUAUACUACAGAAAUUUCCACAUUUUAUUUAUUAAACAACGACAACUUUUUAUCCGUUUAUUGGUACAUUUCCGGGUUCUCACUAGCGUCACAGCAGCUGUCUUCCCUUCAGCAUCCUCCUUCCUGAAAACCUGGAGACUCCUUCCUUCUUUCACGUCUUCUCUAACGUCUCCUUUUGGAAAAAACGUAUCAUUUUAUCUUUGAUGCACAGCGUCAAGUCUCUUCGUAAGCUGUUGCUAUAGAAACGCAUCAGUGCCUUCUAACCAAUCAGGAUCCAGGAUGUAACAGCACUGCAGGUGCAGCCACCGAAAUGAAUUAGCACGCGCAGCGUAGCGUCUAAAAUAUCCCCAGAAUCCUGUGUUUGCAGCCCGGAGGAAAUAGUUUGACGUGAACGACUCGGACAUUUCUGGAACAUCGGCUCACACACACACACACACACACACAGUACAAGAGCACACAAGUAAGGAGGCAAGGAAGCAUGAGCAAAGUUCCUAACCGAAGUACAACAAGAUUUCAAGAAGCCAUAAUGGUUUUUGUAUUUUAAUUCCAUUCUCCAAAGUCUGAAAGUUCAGGUUCUCAGAGCAGGUUAUGGGAGCAGGUCUGAUUUAUAAACCCAGAUGAAUUUUAUUGGGUUUGUUCUGGAGCCAAGAUGCAGCAGGUGGCUUUUGGCAGGCUUGUGUUUUUGUUUUUAUUCAGAUUUUUCUGAUAUGUGACUGAACAAAAAACGAGCAGCAAUCAUUUGAAAGGAAAAAAUAUCCUUUCUAUUUUCAGGUUUUUAGAAUGAAAUGCUCUGAAAGAUGAGCUAGGGAAAGAUUUCAACCAUGUUUUAGGAUUAAAAAUGAGCUCCGGUCCAUGUAGUGACUCUAUUUGUUAAUUUGAAAGCACAAAAACCAAAUCUAUAAAUCCUGGAUUUCCUGAUUUUUCCCUUUCAAAUGCACCGCUUGGUUCGUGAGCAAGGACAUGACGUGACGUGAUGACGUGAGGAUGUCUGACUCCAGUCUGUGUUUGUGUGCCACCUGAGCAAACUGUUGUAGGAGAACUCGCUGUGUAAAUACCUCUCUCCUGUAGAAUACCUGUAACUAGCAUGCUUUAUAAUUAUAAUAAUUAUUAUUAUUAUUAUUGUUAUUUUUCAUAAGAACUGUACUGUAGGUUUCAUUUAGGAAAUGAAACGCUGUUCGAGAUGAAACUCAGUGCACUUCCUGUAGAUGAUUGAAAAUAAAAUGGACACUCUUUCUAA